AUGAAAAAUAAUUCUGUCAUCAAAAUAAAAAAAAUAAUAACAGAAGAAGAAAAAGAUCUUUUAGAUUUAUAUGAAAAUUUUCCUUUUUUAGAAGAAGAAAAAUAAUACUUUAACUACUAUGCUCAAUAAUUCUGUGAUGAAUAUACUGAUAGUACAAACGAAGAUGAGGUAACUGAAUAUCCAAGCCUAGAAAGUUAAUCAUAUCUGUCUAAUAAUUAAUCUUAUAGUUAGAAUGAAAUUGAAUACACUAAAAGCUCUAAAUCUAAAGAAUAAUCCAGAAUGUUGACUUCAUUAAAUAUUAAUUUUGAUAAUGUUUUCCCUGAAGAUGAUGACGAUGUGAAAGUUAGACGUGCAAAAAGUAAUAAAAUAGAAAUCCCUUAAGAUUCACCAGAAUAUGAAACAAUUAAAAAGGCAUCAAAAAUGAGUACAGAUUCAUAAGCAUCUCAAGAUAAAAAAUUAGAAUAAUGGCUAAUUAGUAGAUUAGUAGUCAUGUUAUUAAAUAAAAUAAAAUAUUUUAUAUUCUAAAAGUACGAUUCUGAGUUUUUUGGAUUGGAUAAUAAUAUAAUUAAUUUAAAUGAGAUAAAAUAAAAAGACGAUGGUAGAAUUACUUAUAAAAAUAAAUAUGAUUUGAGAACAGUAACUUUUUUAACAUCUGGAUAUUUAACUUAGGACAUCAAUGCCUCAUUAAAUUUUUUUGAUUUAGCAAAUACUAAGAACAAAGAAUGUUAAGACAAUUUGUUUAUUUUUUUCAAAUGGUCUAAUAGCAGUUUUAAAUAAAUUGUAGAUAAAUUUUUAUAAAAUUGCGAACAGGGAUAUGAACCUUCAAUUUAUCAACGUUAUUUAAAUGAAUUGUUAGAUAAUUGCAAAAAGGAAUUUUUUAAUCAAAUGAUAAUGAAAAGUAUUUUUUGGUUAAUAUAAUUAAUUGACAAAUACUUGAAGUUUUUUGGAACUUCUUUAUUUUCAAAUUUUAUUUCAAAGCUUAAAACAGGACUUGAUACAAUGAUUAAAGACUUUUAAGAUACUCACCAAGACGCUAAAAAGGGUGGUGAGGUUUUAGCUGAAAGGAUAAAAAAUUAAUAUUUAAUGGGAAGUUUAAAUAUAGAUUUUAUGGGCCACAGUUUAGGAACUGUAGUAGUUGCCUAUGCGUUGAAGAAUUUAUCAAUUCCUGCCAGACAUUUAAUGCUUUUUGGAGGAGCUGCAACAAUCACAGAGAUUGAAGACUCUUAGGAAAAGUUUUAAAAGUGUUAUAAUUUCUAUUCUGAUAAUGACGAAGUGGUUAAAAAAUUUCUAACUCAGGCAAAACUUAUUGGCAAUUAAGAUUUUAUAGGAGCAAAAUCAUUUGGUUAAAGAAAAGAUAAAUUUUUCAAUUUAAAUACAUAAAUAGGUCAUGUAACUUAUAUAUUAAAAUUUUAAAAGUAUUAUGAUCAUGCAAUGGUUGAAUUUAAGCCUUCUAACAGUAUAGAUCUAAUUGAGAACCAAGUAUGA